GUUUGCAAGUUUUUGAAGGCCGCGGCCUCUCAGAGGCUGACCGUGUGGGGGCUCGACCCGCUUUCGCUUGUGUUCGUCGCGGCGUCCGACGCCUCCGGACCGGGCUCCGCGAGCCGCGGCGGAUCUCAGGGUGCUUGGCUGGUAAUGGCGGCGGACGCCUCGAUCCGGGCGAACCGCAGAGCUCGCGCGUCACUGCUCUCGUGGCGCUCGCAGCGACUGAAGCGGGUGAUCAGCUCCACCGUCGCUGCAGAGACUCUCGCUUUGAGCGGUGCUGUGGCUGAGGCCCAGUAUUUGCAG